AUGAGAAAAUUGUUGAUCGUGAAGCGUAGUCAAGAAGUCGUUAUAACUGCAGUUCAAGAGCUCAUUUCAUUGGAUUGGGAAGAAUUGAAAGACCAUCAAAAGAAAGACAAUAUGCUUUCGGAAGUCAUUAGGAAAAUCGAGAAGUCAGAAGGACCAAAUGACUUUAGUAUCAGAGAAGAUGGGACUCUAUAUUACAAGAAUCGAAGAGUAAUCCUAGUAGAUCAAGAGUUAAAGGAAAAGGUGUUGAAGGAAGCUUAUAACACACCUUACACUACUCAACCCAGUGGUACGAAGAUGUACCAGGAUUUGAAGCAGCAUUUCUGGUGGGAAGGAAUGAAGAAGGAUAUAGCAGAAUUUGUGAACAAGUGUUCUGUGGGUUUUCCAAGAACCUCAGCCGGAAAUAUUACUAUUUGGGUGAUAGUUGAUCGUCUGAUGAAAAGUGCUCACUUCAUACCCAUCAAGAAUACAAAUUUUCUAGAGAGAUUGAAGAGAAUUUAUAUAGCAGAGAUUGUCAGAUUGCAUGGAGUGCCUAAGACGAUUGUGAUGGAUAGAGACCCAGUUUUACAUCAUGAUUCUAGCAAAGUUUGCUGA